AUGGAGGGAGACACGAACGUCAAGUGCCGGGUGGCGGUCGUCGGGUCCGGCAUGGCUGGAUUAGUAACCGCGUACCUUCUGAAUCAGGACCCCGAACAUCGAUAUAAUGUUGAGGUUUUUGAGAUUGGAGAGCAGUUGUCUCUUGACUCCAGCUCGCUGUCUGUCCCAAACCCUGAGACGGGAAAUACUGACCGGAUUGAUCUUCCAAUGCGUGCGUUCUCAGGUGGAUUCUACAACAACCUGAAGGCCAUGUACGAUUUUCUGGGAGUUAACGUGGCGACAUGCCCCCACGAGGCACUCUUGGAAUUCCCAGCACACGACCUGAUUGAUUACAAGAAGAAGACCAAUGGGGACCAGCAUUAUACCGUCUACGGUGGUGUCAACCAGGUCCAGAGAAAGCUGUCGCAAGGCUUACAGAUACGAAAGUCGGCAAGGGUGGUUUCAGUGGAACCCCAAGCUCAAGGAACCAGAGUCUGCUGGGAAAGUACGCUGGAUAACCUCAGAUCUGAUACGUCAGAAGCUAUAUUCGAUAGGGUUAUCCUGGCCGUGCCACCGAAUGUUGUUCAGGCAAUCUUUAAACCCUUGCGAUAUGAAAUGUCACAAAUACCGACGAUUUCCGUUCAGAGUGUCGUUCAUUCCGACGAGACUACAAUUGGACGAUUGUCCGGCACCGACAUCCUGCAUUCAUUAAGCACCAAAACUUUGAGGAAGGGCUCCGAUGCGCAGAUUAUCUACCUGAGGACUUUCGCCGAGGACGAGCCUCAAACGGAGUCGAUCCAUGUUCAGCCAUCAGGCUUACUCGUCACGACUUGCCCGGUUUCGGUGAUUGACCCUACCAAAACAACUCAAUGUUCAACUUUUACACGUGUACUACGUACACCACAGAGCCGGCAGAUAAUCACAGACGUCUUCAACCGCACGUCCUCAGGACCCCAAGUGCAUCAGGAGAAGAGUAAACCUCAAUGGAGAAACGGGGACGAAGGAGUCUGGUUAGUAGGGGGUUGGUGCUGGGAUGGAAUGGUCUUGCUGGAAGGAUGUAUCAUCUCGUCGAUGAUUGUUGCAGAUGCUUUUGGCGUCGAGAUACCUUGGAAAUGCUACCUGUGA